AUGCAGAGUCCUUUCCUUCCUUCCUCCCUUUCUUUCUUUCUUCCUUCCUUCCUUCCUUCCUCGCUAUCUACCUUCCUUCUUUUCUUUCUCCCUCCCUCCCUGGCUUUUUUCUUUCUUUCUCCCUCCCUGGCUUUUUUCUUUCUUUCUCCCUCCUCCCUUUUUUUUUUUCUCCCCUGGCUUUUUUUUUUCUUUCCCCUCCCUGGCUUUUUUCUUUCUUUCUCCCUCCCUGGCUUUUUUCUUUCUUUCUCCCUCCCUGGCUUUUUUCUUUCUUUCUCCCUCCCUGGCUUUUUUCUUUCUUUCUCUCCUCUUUUUUCUUUUCCUCCCUUUCCUUUUUUUCCACCUCUCUCUCGUCUUCCUCCUUUUCCUUUUUCCACCCUCUCUCUCGUUUUGUGUAAUAAAAACGCCUUAACUUCCACCCAAGUAAAAUUGGAACCGACGAUAUACAUAAAGAUUGCCAUGGGUCACUUCAUAAAACUUUCUUUUUUUUCUUCUUUCUUUCUUUCUUUCUUUCUUUCUUUCUUUCUUUCUUUUCUGUUUCAGAACUUGUUUCUUUCUUUCUUUCUUUCUUUCUUUCUUUCUUUUUCCUUUCAGUAUUGUUCAUUCCUUCCUUCCUUCCUUUCUUUUCCUUUUCAUAAUUCCUUCCUUCCUUCCUUCCUUCCUUCCUUCCUUCCUUCCUUCCUUCUUUCUUUCUUUUCAGAACUUGUUCAUUUCUUUCUUUCUUUCUUUCUUUCUUUCUUUCUUUCUUUCUUUCUUUCUUUCUAA